UUUUUUGUUUUUGAUUUUCACCACUUUAUGUAUUUAUGUGCUUCUUUCUUUGGUGUGAAGUAAAACAUCCAAAAUGGCGGAAACUGAAGAGGUAGACAGGAUUAGCAAUUUGCCGGAUGCCCUCCUCUCUGAAAUCUUAUCGCUUUUGUCGACCAAAGAAGCUGUGGCUACUAGCAUAUUAUCUAAAAGAUGGGAAUACAUUUGGACCGAAGUUCCUGUUCUGGAUUUUAGUUAUUCCAAAGACAAACUUUCUUCAAAUUUCACAACCUUUGUGAAUAGGGUCUUGAUUCUCAAUGAUGCACCUGUCAUACGACUCUUUCGCCUUAACUUAUACCAGGAAGAUGAUGAGGAGAUUGAGGACAUGCAUGUCUGGUCAUGGAUCAGGAAUACGAUGAGACGGGAUGUUUUAGAGAUCGAUGUUAUUUGCGGAACACCUGAAGCAAGGGGUCUUGUGAGUGAGAAACUUAAGGUGUUAAAGCUGAGGUGCCCCCUUAAAGGCAGUCGCCUUUUGUAUUCCUUUCCAAUCCUCUCGAUUCUCCACCUUGAGUUCUGUUAUAUUGAGGAUCAUGAUUCUAUGAAUAAUAUUUGGUCAGGUUUACCUUGUCUGAAUGAGUUCCUUCUAUAUCAUUGUCAUGGAUUGCAAAAUUUACGUAUUCAAUCUUCCUCUUUAAAGAGACUUACAGUAGCAGGUACUCUAUUUCGGAUGGAAGGGCUUGUUAUAAUUGAAGCUCCAAGUCUAGAAUAUAUUUCUAUUGAGGAUCAAGUUUACUGUUGCGAGUUUGACAUUAACAUUCCCUCAUUAGUUGAAGCUGACAUUGAUAUCUGCGGAAUGAUAGAUGGUAUAAGUGCUGCUGAAUUUCUCAAGCACUUUCACAGCAUGAAGACUUUGAAUCUAAUGAUUCCAACACCCUUGGUAAAUAUACUUUAUAUAAUGCUUAUAUGUAGACCAUUUUUUUGUAACUCUAGAGAAUUUUUUAUUAGUCUUUUUUUUUUUUUUUUAAAUAUACAUAUCUGUGAUCAGCACUUUUCAAUGUUUUCGGAAGUUUAAGUUUAGAAUGUAUGACAAAAUCACGAUUUCAUCAUUAUUUGGAAAUUUCUUUGCAGGCUGUAAUGGUUGAUGCUCAAAUGCAACCCUUGUUUCCUGAAUUGACAUGUUUGGAUGUCAGAACCAUGUGUUAUUUAUCGCAAAAUUUACACAUAAUACUACUCUUUCAAAUGUGCCAACACGCCCCAAAUCUUGUGUCCCUUAAAUAUAAGGUGAGUACAUUAUCUUUCAAUCUAAGCUGGCUUCACCAAUAUUAAACAUAAAUUUAUCUAUAAUCUCUGUUUGUUUGAAAUUUUAGAUUGAAUCGCGCACAAUGGAAGAGUCACCUUCACUUCCAAAUGUUGUGCCCAAGUGUUUCUCAUCAACUCUAAAAGCUAUAGACGUUGACAACUUUCGAGGAACGUUUGCUGAUAAUGCGGUGAUAGAAUACAUCUUACAACACGCAAUUGUAUUAAAGGUUAUCAGGAUUCAUUUCGAGAAGAACUCAACUAUGGCAGCUGAUGCUUUUUCACAGCUAUUUAAAAUUCCUACGGCCUCGUCUGCAUGUAAAAUUAUGCGUGGACCUUGAGAACUUCUGGACCAUGUUAUGCUAGGUUUCUAAUUGUUGGAUUUGCUCUGUUAGAUUAAGUCAUUUUGAGACUUGAAAGCAGAAAACAUUUGACGUUGUUGAAGUGCUAAAAUUGCUCAUGUUGUUCAACCAUGCUGAUAUACAGUAUGAUCUUAACUCAUCCUUUGUCUUAG